CUUUUCCCUUUUUUUUUCUUUCUCUCUCCGACAAUAGAAUUCUAGAAAGAGGGAAAACUAGAAAUUAGUAAAAAGAGUUCAGGAAAAAAAAACUAGAAAGGCUUGAAAUAUUCAACAAUGGCGGUUCCUAGGGUUUCUAGGGUUUUGUGAUCAAUUCCUUUAGAGUAUCAAUGGAAAUGCCCGGACGAAGAUCUAAUUACUCUCUCCUUAGCCAGUAUCCCGACGACCAGUACACCGUGUCCAUAUCAGGAGCUCCGCCUCCCUAUUGCGAUUCACUUUCAAGCGAAGCCACCAGUAAUAAGAACAAAGUGAAAUCAGAGAGAGGUUUAACUGAUUGGGAUCAGAGUCUCAGUCAGAACCAAAACCAGAACCAGCUACAAGUUAAUCGAAUCUGUGGCGGCGGCGGGGGAGGGAAUACUUUUGCUUCGUCGAUCAGUCUUCAACGGCAAUCGAGUGGAAGUAGCUUUGGUGAGAGCUCUUUAUCGGGAGAUUAUUAUGUGCCGACCUUUUCUACGACGGCCGCCAACGAGAGUGAUGGGUUCGUUUAUGGUCACGGCGGGAGCUGUGAGCAUGUGGAUUUAAGAACGAAAAUUGGGGGUUCGUCCUCUGGAAAAAGCUGGGCGCAGCAAACGGAGGAGAGUUAUCAAUUGCAGUUGGCGUUGGCUUUGAGGCUUUCUUCGGAAGCUACCUGUGCUGAUGACCCGAAUUUUCUGGGUCCGGAUUCGGAUGAUUCUGCUAUUCGGGGAACUAGCUCUAGCUCCGCCUCAGCUGAGAUAGUUUCCCACCGGUUCUGGGUGAAUGGCUGCUUAUCAUACUUUGAGAAAGUUCCUGAUGGGUUUUAUUUAAUUCAUGGAGUUAACCCAUAUGUCUGGACCAUGUGCACUGAUUUGCAUGAACAUGGUCGAAUUCCAACGAUCGACUCUCUAAGAUCUGUUGAUCAUGUUGUUGGUUCACCGAUAGAAGCGAUAUCAGUUGACCGAAGAAGUGAUCUUGGCUUAAAGGAACUCCAAAAUAGAGUCCAUAACAUUUCUUGUAGCUGCAUAACCACAAAAGAAGUUGUUGAUGAGUUAGCAAAGCUUGUCUGCAGUCGCAUGGGGGGUUCAUCUGCAACUGGAGAGGAUGAUUUACUUUUGUAUUGGAGAGACUGCAGUGAUGAUUUAAAAGAUUGCUUAGGCUCAGUUGUGGUUCCUAUAGGUAGCCUGUCUGCUGGCCUUUGCAGGCAUCGAGCUUUAUUAUUCAAAGUGCUAGCUGACACAAUUGAUCUGCCAUGUCGAAUUGCAAAGGGAUGCAAAUAUUGUAAAAGAGAUGAUGCUUCCUCCUGCCUUGUUCGCUUUGGGCAUGACAGGGAGUAUCUAGUUGAUCUAAUUGGGAACCCAGGUUACUUAUGCGAGCCCGAUUCAUUGCUCAAUGGUCCAUCUUCCAUCUCAAUUUCUUCCCCAUUGCGCUUUCCACAUCUCAAACCAGCUAUACCUGCCAUUGAUUUCAGGUCAUUGGCCAAACAUUAUUUUUCGGACUGUGAAUCACUUAAUCUUGUAUUUGAUGAUGCUGCAUCAGGCACUUUUGUGGAUGAAGAAAAGAAACUUGGUAACAUUGGCACAGACAGAAAUAACCUUGUGCAGAUGUCGAGUAAUAUGAAUGAUGUCUCACAGUUGCCCCUACGUAAUAUUGCUAAGCCACCUGCUCAUGAUAGAGAUUCACAACAUUUGCAGUCUAUAAUAAGUUCAAAGAACAUUAUUAAAGAUCCUUUAAAGUGCAUCCCUCCUCUAGGGCAUAGAGAUGUCCCAGAUCUAAUCUUCUCUGACCCAAUUGAGGAUUCUACUAAGGAUUCAAGGUUUGCUAAGGGAAAUCAACUUGUUCCCAGCAAAAAAGGUAGAGAACUUGUCCUCGAGGUUGAUGAUUUGGACAUUCCAUGGGGUGAUCUUGUUUUAAGAGAGAGAAUUGGUUCUGGUUCUUUUGGAACUGUCCAUCGUGCUGAAUGGAAUGGCUCGGAUGUAGCUGUGAAAAUUCUCAUGGAACAGGACUUGCAUGGUGAGCGCUAUAAAGAAUUUUUGAGUGAGGUUGCAAUAAUGAAACGACUACGGCAUCCAAAUAUUGUUCUUUUUAUGGGAGCUGUUACUCAUCCCCCCAACUUGUCCAUAGUUACAGAAUACUUAUCAAGAGGUAGCUUGUAUAGGCUUUUGCGCAAGCCUGGUGUAAGAGAGGUGUUGGAUGAGAGGCGUCGCUUGAGUAUGGCUUAUGAUGUGGCAAAGGGAAUGAAUUAUCUUCAUAGACGCAAUCCCCCUAUUGUUCACAGAGAUUUAAAAUCUCCAAAUCUUUUGGUUGACAAAAAAUACACAGUGAAGGUUUGCGAUUUUGGUCUUUCUCGUUUGAAGGCAAACACAUUUCUUUCAUCCAAAUCAGCAGCUGGAACUCCCGAGUGGAUGGCUCCAGAAGUUCUUCGUGAUGAACCAUCAAAUGAGAAGUCCGAUGUAUACAGUUUUGGUGUAAUAUUGUGGGAGCUUGCAACAUUGCAACAACCAUGGGGCAACCUAAAUCCAGCACAGGUUGUAGCAGCUGUUGGUUUUAAGGGCAAAAGGCUUGAUAUUCCUCGUGAUUUGAACCCUCAUGUGGCUGCCAUAAUUGAGGAUUGCUGGACCAAUGAGCCCUGGAAACGUCCGUCAUUUUCCAAUAUCAUGGAACGGUUGAAAUCGUUGAUUAAUAAACCUUCGACCACUCAACCAGGGCGUGCUGACAUUCCAGUGCAUACCUGAAUGGUCAGAACUCCUGCGAUUUCGUCUUCUUGCACAUAAUACAGCAUUCUUUUUGACAUUAUAUGCGGUGGAAGGAUACAUGCUGUUAAAUAGUCUAAGAAGUAGUUGUACAUGUCUCUCCCCAUAGCUGAAUGGGACUUGCUGAUUCUUAACAUGGGACUUGCCGGGAAGUUUUUUUCUUCAUAAAGUAAAAUUUCACAUGCAAUUAUGGAAGUUGUAUCAUAUUUAUUUUUCUUUUCUAGUAGUUUUGUAUGUAAUGGUUGUGACUGAGCUUAGUUAAAUGAGAAGCAACUCAUCGGCAUUUACAUGA